UGACAGCCCGGCGGUUUGGUCGCGACGCCGCCAAAGGUGCUCGAGACUUCGUUGUAAACAAAACGGAGAGUCAUUAACGGUAACGGGCAGUGCAUUGGCGGCCUCCCGCAGACAACAACCGGCCUUUCCUCUUUGUGGACGGCGCGGUGAAGCAUUUAUUGUAGACCCCCCCCUCCCGGCAGAACGUGAGGGAAAAGUUGAACGUUUUAACGGACAAACUGAAUCCAGACAGCACGCUGGUUCUGCGGCUGCGCGGAGGAGAGCCCGCCCACCGCGCGCUGAUUGGUCGAAACUGAUGGUUGUCACGUGUUGGUGGGCGGGGAUAACGGCAGCUCGGGACCGGAUUGGCUGCGGCGGGUGUCAAUUACGCCGGGACGCGGCUGGGGGCGUCUCAGCACGUCUGCUGCCCGGUCACUUGUUGUGAACGUCAACCGAGCCGAGCCGAGCCAGCGAGGCAGAAACCACGGUUUAGUGGUAGAGAAGAGAAGAUAUGUCCACAGACUCUCCACUUCGUCCAAGCCGCUCUACUGGUGGAAUAAUGGUUCGACAUCAGGCAGUAACGGAGCAGUCAUACAUGGAGAGUGUUGUCACCUUUCUGCAAGAUGUCGUCCCUCAGGCAUACACUGGUUCGCCUCCAACAGAUGAGAAGGAAAAAAUUGUCUGGGUCCGAUUUGAAAAAGCUGAUAUUAAUGAUCUUGCGAGAAACCCAGAGUAUCAUGAGAUGAACAAUGCUGGAAAUGAUCCUCCAUUGCUGCUACUUAUUGGAUAUGCAGAUGGAAUGCAAAUUUGGAGCAUCCCUAUGAGUGGUGAGGCUCAGGAGCUGUAUUCUAUCCGUAAUGGUCCCAUCCGGACAGCAAGAGUCCUGCCUGCACCACAGACAUAUCUUCACAAAAUUGAUAAUUUUGCUGAGAAAAGGCCGCUUCUUGGUGUGUGCAAAAGCACAGGAUCAGCGGGCCCACCAUACUGCUGUGUGGAUCUUUAUUCGCUUCGGACUGGUGAAAUGGUCAAAUCCAUCCAGUUCAAAACCCCCAUCUACGAGCUGCAUUGUAACAAAAGGGUCUUGGUAGUUGUGUUACAGGAGAAGAUUGCCACCUUUGAUAGCUGCACUUUCACGAAGAAGUUCUUUGUCACAAGUUGUUUUCCAUGCCCAGGGCCAAAUCCUAAUCCCAUAGCACUGGGAAGCCGUUGGCUUGCCUAUGCUGAGAACAAGCUCAUUCACUGUCAUCGAUCCCGUGGAGGGGCCUGUGGAGAUAACAUCCAGUCUUAUACUGCCACAGUCAUCAGUGCUGCCAAAACACUCAAGACUGGUCUCACCAUGUUUGGGGAAGCAGUUGGUCGGCUGGCUGGCAGCUUACCCUCGGGGGCAAUUGAAGAUGAGGUUUCCACACACAGCAGCACUCGACGUAGCCCGUACAUCCCCGGAGUUGUCACGAUCAUCGACACUGAGACAGUUGGGGAAGGACAGGUGCUUGUCAGUGAGGAUGCGGAGGGUAAAGGCAUAGUGGCUCAUUUCCUGGCUCAUGAUAAUAAACCUAUUUCCUGCAUGGCUUUCAACCCCAGUGGAAUGUUGCUGGUCACCACUGACACACAAGGUCACGACUUUCAUGUAUUUCGAAUCCUGACGCACCCGUGCUCAUCCUCUCAGAGUGCUGUUCAUCAUUUAUAUACUCUACAUCGCGGAGAAACAGAGGCUAAGGUGCAAGACAUUUGUUUUAGCCAGGACUGCCGUUGGGUGGUGAUCAGCACAUUGAGGGGGACCUCUCAUGUAUUUCCGGUAAAUCCAUAUGGUGGGCAGCCCUCUGUGCGAACACAUAUGUCUCCUCGUGUGGUGAAUCGCAUGAGUCGAUUUCAGAAGAGCGCUGGUCUGGAAGACAUUGAACAAGAGCUUUCAACCAAACAAGGUGGACGCUGCAGUCCAGUGCCUGGUCUUUCAAGCAGUCCCUCUGGGUCACCGCUUCACAGCAAACUGAGCAGCCAGGAGAGUUACAACAAUUUCACAAACAACAAUCUCGGAAAUCCGCGGCUCUCACCCAUCCCAAUCUUGACGAUUGUGCUGCCCUUAGCACAGAUCAAACAGCCCAUGACUCUGGGAACCAUCACAAAGCGCACAGGACCUUACCUGUUUGGGGCAGGAUGUUUUUCCCUAAAAGCUCCAUGUAAGAGCAAGUCUAGGUCUGUCCCACAGAUUUCCCCAAGCAAAGCUGUGGGUGGAGAGUUUUGCGUUGCUGCCACAUUUUCUUCAUCGCGAUCCUGGUUAACAACCAAUACUGGCCUGAAGCGGGAGAAAGAUCAAUCAAAGCAGUCGGUGGUGGAUUCCCUGUUCAUAAUUAGCUGCUAUGGCAACCUGGUGGAGCACACGAUUGAACCACGGCCGAUCACCACUGUGCAAAAGAUCAGCGACGACACGCAACUGGAGCUGCUGACAUCUCCUCGGGCGAGCUGGUCUCUGGCGAGGACUCCACUGUGGAAUGAACUUCAGCCGCCCUUCAAUGCAAACCAUCCUUUGCUUCUCAGUGCUGAUGCAGUCCAACAUUAUCAGAACCAGCUGGCUGCUAUGGUAUCGCCUGGCAGUCCCGCAGCUACCUUUGCACGGCAUGAAUCCUGUGACAGUCUUGGGUCGGACCACAGUGGUCAAGAAGAUGAGGAAUGGUUAUCACAGGUCGAGAUUGUGACACAUACAGGACCCCACAGGCGUUUGUGGAUGGGGCCACAGUUUCAGUUUAAGACAAUCCAUCCUUCAGGACAAACAACAGUGAUUUCUUCCAGUUCCUCAGUGCUUCAGUCACAUGGACCGAGUGACACACCACAGCCACUUAUGGUCUUUGAUACUGAUGAUCUAGAACUCAAUAGUCUGAGAAUCCAGCCAGUCCGCUCAGAACCUGUUAGCAUGCCCGGAUCAUCAAGGGUAAUUGCUGACCGGAGAACUCUUUCAACGGUGAUUGACGCUGGUUCAGGGACGUUUGAUCGUAGCGUGACACUACUGGAAGUAUGUGGCAGUUGGCCAGAGAGCUUUGGAGUGCGACAAAUGUCAUCUAUCGAUACCACAGACGAAGGUCUUCGUGAGCGUCUGGCAGACGCCAUGUCUGAAUCACCCUGCAGGGACAUUGUGGGCUCUGGAACAGGUUAGGUCUGCUGUGGCUGAGUUUACAAGCAAUUGAUAACUUACAAAGCUUCAACGAGAGGGGAGCAUCGAGACUCUGAGCAACAGCUCGGGCUCCACCAGCGGAAGCAUCCCACGCAACUUUGAAGGUUACCGCUCACCACUGCCCACCAACGAGAACCAGCCACUCAGCCUCUUCCCCUCAAGCUUCCACUAAACCACAUUGCUUCUCCCUCUCCAUACCCAUCUCCUUCAGCCACCUUCCUCCUCUCCCUGGCUCCUUUGUUUUCUCUCACUCCCAUAAAUCCCUCCAUUUAUCCCUCCCCAGAACCUUUUUUCCUCCUCAACCUGAUCUUUUCCAAACUUCCCCUCUCUUUUAUCAAGGUCCUGCACACUAAUCGAUUGGAGCCAAAGCUAACCAGGUCAACAAGGUGGACUUUUGGGAACCUAUCUUGCUGCAUCCAGUAACUGCCGCAGAAAUACACUAUCAUCUAAAUGGUGGGCGCAGUCACAGCUUAGUUCACAGUUUGCAGCAUAUUGUGAAGUGUGAAAAAGUGUCUGUAGGCUUUCCUAACCUCUACAUCUUACUGAAUUCUCAUUUACAGAUACUGACAAAAGGAAGAGCUAAGGUGCUAAAUCAAGGACUUAAAAACAUCAUUUCAUGUUAUGUCCAUUUUUUUCAUAUUUGCCACACUUUAUUUCUGGGGUGAGAAUACUCACUGUUGCCUGACUACAAAUGUUAAAAUGAUGCCCUUUAGGUUUCAUUAAGAACCUGUUGUUACCUAAAGAUUUCCCACUCCUAUGACGAUUUCUAUGACUGGUUUGCUUACAUUAAAACACACAGGAAUAAUUUGUC